UGCUCGAGAAUAUACAUGCCCAUACAAACAAUAUUGCACCUACAACCACUUCGCCCCAUCCCCGGUUGAUGCACCCAACCCUAGUCCAUCACCUGUCAUUGCAUCAAGCACCUUCCCCAGGAGCUACAUUGCCUUCGAUAUCAUCAGUACCAUCACCACUACCUUUGGUCUCACCUACAUUACCCUCAAGGAAGGUGAUGCACAAUCAAACAUUGAGGAGGAUCAUCCACUUGGCACUAAUCUUCCUAUCAUAUCACCUUAUGGUCUAGGGUAA